AUUGUGGAUAAUACAGAAAAGGGUUUGGAAAAGAUUGGACAUUCCAGGACCAAGGGGAUUACCAGUCAUUGGUAAUGCUUUUCAAAUGAUUUCACAAACUCCGUAUGUUCAGUUACAUGAAUGGAGCAAACGACAUGGAAAUGUUUUCAAAAUCCAAAUGUUUAAUGAAGAGAUUGUUGUGUUGAGUGAGAAUGAUGUCAUGAGAGAAGCGCUGUUGGAAAAAUCUGAGGAUUUUGCUGGACGUCCUUUCUCAUGGAGGAUAAACUUUGUAACCCCUGGCGGUGACAAAGAUAUAACCUUCCGAGACUUAUCACAAGAUUUGAAGAGAGUAAAGAAAAUAGCUCACCGGGGACUCAAGCAGUUUGGAGAUGGCAUGGACAGAAUAGCAAUUUUAGCAUCAGAUGAAAUCCAGGACUGUAUUUCAAGAUUUCAAAGUCACGGUAACACUCCAUUUGACCCAAGGGAGUCUGUGGAUCAAUGCAUAACAAAUAUUAUGACAGUUCUGCUUGUUGGAGAACAAAUUGAUAAAAGUUCUCAUGAGUUCCAACUGGUGUGUGACCUGGUAAAAAGCAUGGAGAGAUGUGGCUCAGGAGGGCUAGGGGCUGAAUUAGACAUGUUUCCAUGGCUAAGAUACUUUGGAAAUGAAUCCUUUGAAAUUCUAAAAGAACACAAGUCGAUACGAGAGAAACUAUUUUCAGACUGGAUGAAUACAGCCGAGAAAAAGCUUAGUUUGCACAGUGAUGAGACUAGAAGUAGAAGUGUGUGUGAAGUUUUUCACCAGCAUUACAAACAAGGAGAAAUCAG